AUGAGCAAGGCGGUGCUCCUCGCACUCGUAGUAGCGUGGGGAGCAUCCUUUUAUCAAAUUUACCUCAAAGAUCUUCUGGUGGUUACUUUCGGUGUUGGUCGGGUGAUGCAAGAUAUAGACGAGUUUCCGUAUUCUUGCAGGCGUGUCGAGCAUCCUAGGCUGGAGGCCUGCGAGGACAUGUGGCUUGACGAUAAGGGACGCACGUUGUAUGCGGCAUGCGCAGGAACUUCGGGAAGAAUGGCUUGGAACCAGGCGAUGAAUCAAGUCAAUGUAACUGGACGUCGGGCUGGGGGCUCUGAACUCAUCGCUCUAGACAUUGAUAAUCCUGGAGCGGAUGGUCUCUUCAAUCUCCGUUCUAUCAACCCAUCCGGCAAUUAUAGAGGGGCCACGGGUAACAUGGAUCUCGACCUCCUCGGGUUUGACGCUCUCAUCUUGGACGACAGCACUAUCCAAUUCUAUUUUGUUAACCAGCGCCCUCCCGUCGGACCAUCCAACGACGUCAUCGACGCAUUCAAGACGGGAGAUAACUCCACCAUCGAGGUUUUCGAAAUGAAGAAAGGUCAAGAAACCAUGCGCCAUGUCCGCACCGUCUUCUCGAGUGAAAUUUGGACCCCGAACCGAGUUGCAGCGUUAGGCGAUGGAUCUGGUGCCUUUCUCGUGACCAACGACCACUCCGUAAAACUCGGCUUGCGCCGAGAAUUCGACUACUUCAUCGGCGGCGGAAACGUCGCAUACUGCUCUGGCACAGGACUCUGCCACCCUGCCUACUCGGGCAAUGAAGUCGACGAAUCAACUCUCAAACCAACCACGCCAGACUUACCCUCCUACAUGCCUCAUCUUAAACGCGCCCUAAGUUUCGUCAUCCCCAGACCCGACCUCAAGUUUCCCAACGGUCUCACCCGCGGUGCCGAUGGCCUCUUUUAUGUCCCUAGCGCCAUUGACGGCCAAAUCCGCGUCUUUGCUCUCGAACCCCAAAACAACAACACGCUCCGUCUGCUCGACACUAUCCACGUCGGCAUGCCGCUCGACAACAUUUCGCCAGACGCCAACGGCGACUUGUACGUGCCCGGGUUCCCAAACUUGGCACAAACAGGCAAGUCGUUUUCCGAUCCGUAUAACGAGAUUUCGCCCGUGACUAUCUGGCGCAUUCGCAAGACGGUGGAUGAGGGCAUAAAGAGCAGGGAGUACAAGGUUGAGAAGGUGAUCGAGGAUAAGGCGUCCAAGGUUUUGAGUGGGAGUACGACGGUGCGACACGAUGUCAAGACUGGACGGCUAUUUGUUAGUGCUGCCGUUCAUCCUUUUCUUGUAGUUUGUGAGCCGCGCAAGUAA